AUGUACCACGAGCCAGCGCCCUUGAACGCACGAGAGGGCAUCUCCAUCGUGAACCUGGUCAAAAAGUUCAAGAAGAAACUUCCUGCGGCUGUGGAUCACCUGACGGUCACCUUUUACUACGACCAGAUCACAUCCUUCCUCGGUCACAAUGGAGCCGGCAAGACAACUGCCAUGUCGAUAAUGGCGGGUAUGUUGAGAGGUACAAGUGGGAAAGUGUUCGUGGAUGGAUACGACGUGGAGUAUAAUAUGGACGAGAUUAGAAGAAACUUCAGUCUGUGUCCUCAACAUGAUCUGCUGUUUGAUCCUUUGACCAUUCGUCAGCACAUGCUCUUUUUUGGACGGUUGAAAGGCCUCACAAAAGAUGAAUGUCUCACUGAGUGUAACCGAUUGACCUUGGAUUUGAACCUGUUCAACAAGAUAGAUACUCCCGCUAAAGAGUUGUCAGGCGGGAUGAAGCGCCUUCUUUCAAUCGGUCUGGCCUACCUGGGUUCACCACGCAUUAUCAUCCUUGACGAACCAUCAACCGGGGUGGACGCCCACACGAGGAGGGCCAUCUGGAAUCUUCUGCAGGCCUACAGGGCCGGUGGGACCACUGUCAUUUCCACCCACGCCAUGGACGAGGCGGACAUUGUCAGUGACCGCAUCGCCAUCAUCUGGCAUGGUCAGCUCUGCUGCUCGGGCUCACCAAUGUUCCUCAAAAAAACUUUCAGCAAAGGGUACAGACUCACUAUUGAACUAGAUGGUUGGUUGGUCGGUCGAUUGAUUGAUUUGUUAAUAAGCUAG